AUGUCAACGCCGACGACGGACUACUCCAACAUCCCCACCCCGGCCGCCGCCUACGCCGACUUCUGCCUCAUCCCCGUCGGCACCGGCAGCGUCUCCGUCGCGAACGAGGUCGCCCAGGUCCAGCGCCUGCUCAAGGCCAGCGGGCUCAAGUACACCAUGCACUCGGCCGGCACGACCGUUGAGGGCAGCUGGGACGAUGUCUUUCGCGUCAUCGGCCAGGCGCACUCCCUCGUCCAUCAGCAGGGCGUCGUGAGGAUUCAGUCGUCGAUGCGCGUCGGUUCAAGAACGGACAAGAAGCAGUCUGCCGAGGACAAGGUGAAGCGCGUGGAGGGUAUCCUGGCUGAAGACAAAUAG